AUGAUGGUCCCCGAAGGAGAUGAAGAGGACGAUUUCAUCGUGCCGACCACGGCGGCGGCGGCGGCAGAGGCGGCGGGCUCCUCGUCCGACGCGCAGGGGGACGCGUCCACGCGUGGAUGGGGGAGCUAUCUAGGCGGACUCGUGUUCGCUCGUGCCAAGGAGCCUGCGCCUGCGUCGGAGCCUGAGCCAACUCUACCGUCAGGGUUUUCGGCCACUCUCAAUGCGGAGGAGGAGAAAAUAUAUCCAGCAGAGGCAAAGAUCAGGGUGCUCGUUGCAGAGGGAAGCCUUCUGGGGCGCAAUCGACGUCAAGCGGCUGAGUUACACCAGGCCUUGCAGCAGGUGGUUGGGGCUGCGGCUAUCUAUAACCACCUUCUGGUCAAGCACGGCGGCUUGGGAACGAAACCAAAGGAAUGCAAGACUAGCAACGAUACCGGCGCCGCGGCCGCCGUUGCCGGCACCGAAAAGAACGACAAUCGGAUGGUCUGUGGUUGCGGUGGAGGGAGCGGCAGCUGCAAGGCGAUAUCGUCGUUGCUCAAGAGCGAGAUGGACAAGGUCGUCGCUGCCGCGGAGAAGGAGCGUAAGGGCGAGAUGCUCAAGAAGUUCAAGCAGGUGGAGCGGCGCAGCGGCGGCCUGUGCAACCCGGACCUCCUCGAGAACAUCGUUCGAUCCACCGGGGGGGAAGGUUCGGGAGAAUCGAGUCCCUCCGCUUCGAAAACGUCGAAUCCCCCGCCGCCGUCGCCGUUGCCCCCUCGCAGUCCGGAUCACAAAGGACAAGACGCGGCGAUCCGAGCGUUGAAUAGCCUCGUCGUUGUUGAUGUCGAGAAAGACGAGCGCGGCGGCAUCGCGGGUGUCGGCGGUAGCGGUGGCGCAGUAAGCAGCGGCGCUCAGGACGUCCCCUGGGCGGAGGACAUGCUGUGCCGCUCGGUCCGGAAGCGACACGCUGCGGUGCUGAAGACCAGGGGCAGGGCUCUGGCGAAGGGCCUGGCGAGGAUGCUCAAGGGGGUUUCCAACGACCUUAAAGGCGUUGCCUCGAGGCUUCCGCCCUGGGAAGAAUGCGAAGACGACGACGAAGACAAGCCGACUCCCCAGGAGGAAGGGGCCGAGCUCGACAGGAUCAGGUCGCGGGGAAACAUAUUCUCGGCGCCCACCCACGAGAGGAUCCACUCGCGGGGCGAGGUUUGUGUGCCCCUUACCCACGACAGGAGCCUCUCGCAAGGCAGCUACGUGUCGGCGGCGACGUCCGAAGACGGGAACGAACGGCUGUCGCUGUCGUCUGACACCGCGCCCACCGCCGCAAGUAUUAGCUCGAACGGUAGCGCGGCGAUUAGAUCCCCGGUGGCGGCAAUGGCGGCGGCGGUGGCGGCGGUAGUAAGCCCUGGCUCUGAUGCGGUUCCGGCGGCGGUGCCCGGCGGCGGCGCAACUAGCAGCAGCGGUGGGGCGGGCGGGGGCGCCGCGAAUUGCGUCAGGAGCCGCCGCCAGGACUGGAAGCUGAGCGCCCAGGAGCUGUCCCUCAUCAAGAAGGAGGAGGAAAGGGUCAUGAAGCCGGACGUGUUGACAACGCUACUUGCCAAGGGGGCGAGCCUUGGAUGUCUCCAGCAAGCCGACUUCUGGGACGUAUUUGCAAGGCUUGAGGUUGCCACACGAACCGAGGCGCUGCUCAACAUCGCCAUCAGAGGGGGAAGGGGCUGCGCGGCAAGGUCCGGGCGGAUGGGGCGCGAGCUGUGCAUCAACCUGACGUCCGUGGUUCUCGAGGCUCUAAACGCCGUCGAGGGGUCGGACUUUGGUCUAGAGGCCGGGAUGGACAACGGGGGCGCGGCGCGCGCGAGGUCGGGGUCGGUCGGGAUGCUGGCGGUAAGGCGCGUGGUGAAGGGAGAGAGCGUGGCAGGGAAGUCGAGGGUGUUCUACAAGGAAGACCCCGGUUUGAAGGACUUGGACCGGCGUGAGGAGGAGUUCCGAAAGGCGAUCUACGUUAACCGCAGAGCCCUGGCAACCAGGCUCAUGCGCUUGACCCGCGACGCGCCGCUCUGCUCUCGAGUCCUGGGGACGUUUGUUGACGACACCCAAAGGGCCCGCACGCCCACCAAGGCUAGCAAACCCCAAAGCAGUCCCCGGAGCACCGGGGUGAGGACACCCCAGGGGGGGGCGGCUCCGCAGAAUGAAUCAUCGCGGUUUGCGACCUCGCCAGGAAAGACUGCGGAAGAGGUGGACACGGCCGUGUGGAAAUCUUCGUCAGUCGGAGAGAGCGGGGCAGGGAGAGGCGGUGGCGCCCCGGGCGCUGCGGCGGCUGCCGUCGAUCUUCUCACUGGCGACGACGUCACCGUCGGCGGAGAGGGGUCAAGCUGCGCCGCCGACCGGGGCUCUACCGAGUCGCACCCUUCCUCUUCGGGUUCGGUGACCAGCACCAACACGGAGCCGCUCUCGGAGGGGACGGAAGACAGCGACAACGCGCCGGCCUCGACGUCACCUGCACGGCAACAGCGAAAGCAGCAGCAGGAGGGGCCGCACGAGAAGAAGGUGGCGGUGGACCAAGCUACCGUGGAGGAAAUUCUACAGCACAGGGCGGAACCACCACCAGACCCAACAACAACAAAAACACCCACACGGCCGGUGCAACUUUCAAGUGGGAACAGGGGGCGAGUCUGUGGACCUCUUCUUCUUGCUACUCCUCUUCUGUGUGUUGGAGAGAGAGAGUGUGAGAGAGACCCGGGGCGCGCGAAAUCGCUGGCCUUGAAAGAGCUGGCGACAAACCAGGAGGUGAGAAAGAAGGGCGUCGUUAGGCUCGUCCAAGACGCCGCACGGUUCUGCGAUGAUGAACGUCGUCACACGCUUCUGGUGGGCCGUUGCGCUACAGCUGUGCUUGGCGAUGUGUUUUAGCGGCGUGUCGUCGACCCCAAGCUUCCCGGGCUGCGACCUCAUGAAGCCGGAGGAUGCUUUG